ACUCUCUUUCAUAAGACUACAAUUUUUCGGCAGUAAACGACUGCUGUUGCCAUUUCGUGGUUUUUUGUCGUGAAGACCAAAUGUUCUUUCCUUAAUUUCUGAACCUGGUUGUGACACUCCUUAUAUACACAUAUAUUGGAACUGAAAAAAGAAAAAUUUAACGACCGACUUUCAGAAAGAUAAUUAUUCUUUAAACACAACCAUGUCGAGCGAAACGAAUAACAACAUGACUACUGCAGGGCCUUCCUCCGUUGUUCCUGAAACGUUAUCUAAUACUUCUGUCACCGCUUUAUCGGAUAACAACAUAGUGCAGGAAGAUACCGUUGAAAAACAGGCUCGUAAAAAGCAAAACAGACAAAGCUUGAAAGUUCCAUCUAAAAGUGAUGGUAAAGAAGUUAAAGUAAACAAAACUGUCGUCGCCACAGAAGACACUAAUGGGAACGACAACGGCGAUGAAAGGAAGAAAAAAGAAAAAAAACCGAGUAAAAAUCGAGCUGAUGUAACCGAUCAGACUCCAUUAGACUUAACGGACAACAAGCAAUCUCAACAUCAACGUAGAAAGUCAACAGCUAACACAAUUGAUAUUCCAAAUAAAAAUAAAAAUUCUAACAACAGUCACCAAAACAAAUCAUCUCAUCGUCGUGGUACGUCUAUGGCUGUUGGAGAACUUCCAAGUGUUUCAUCAAAAAAUGCUGGAAAAUCUAAAAGUAGUAAAGAUGACUCCGAGAAUAAGUCUGAAUCAGCCCUUGAAUCUCUACAACAAAUUAUCGCUAGUCUUAAAAAUCUGCCAGCCGUUCCUCCUAAAUCUCAAAAAUCAGAAAAAAAGGACGUAGAAGAGAACCAAACUGAACCUACAUCAAAACACAGACGGGGCGAAUCAAGUAUUAUUGGUUCUAAACGUCCUUCUGCUGCAAAGCAACAUAAGAAGAAUGCGUCCGUUUCAUUUUCCUUUCCUUUGACUUCUUCAGCGGUUACUAGUUCAUUGAAAGGCAUUCCUGACUCGGAAGAUGGCAAACCUAUUGACAUUGAAAAUGCUUUACAAGAUACUAUUUCUUCAUUGAGACGUAUGAGUCUAGACAAGGGCAAAGCUCAGAAGGAAAAGGAGGUUGACAAAAAGAAAGAAGAUUAUGAAGAUAUAGAAACUGAAGAAGAAAAGAAGGCUCGACGUAAAAAGAACCAGAACAACCGUAAAUCUAUUAAUUUGGAUGAAAUGGUACAGUCUGGUGAUAGAAGGCAAGAGUUAGAAUCUCCGAAAUCCCCUUUUGAUUUCAAAAAAAAUGAAGAGCAACAAUUACAGACGAAUGCUAAGAAAUCUCAUCGUCGCCACCAAUCGCUUGGCCAUACAUUAUCUCCUGCAUCAACUUCUGCAACUACUAUAAAAACAAAUGUUCCGACGCAUAUUCGACGACACAGUGUUGCUCUUAAUGGUAGCAAAGAUGUUUUGAAGGAACUUGAGAAGAAUCAAGGCAGACCAUCUGGAGCCGAUGCUAAAAAUGGUCAUCGUCGUAGCAAUUCUAGAAACUUUGACGGUAACUGGCGAUCAACUCAACCUUUUCAACCAUUUCCGCUUCCUAAAUUCGGCAUUAUUCAAAAGAAACAACAAAAUCAACAGAAUCCAAAUAACCAACAACAAAGAAAGUCACUUUUUGCUCCUUAUCUUCCUCAAGUUUCUCUUCCUCCGCUUCUCAAAAAUGGCGACCUUGUAUCCGGUGUUUUGCGUAUCAAUAAACGCAACCGGUCUGAUGCAUAUGUAACUACAGAGUCACUUGACGCUGAUAUCUAUAUCUGUGGUUCCAAAGACAGGAACCGAGCUCUUGAAGGUGAUGUAGUUGCUGUGGAAUUAUUAGAUCCAGAGAAAGUCUGGCAAACAAAAAAAGAAAAAGAAGAAAAGAAAAGAAAAAAGGAAGAAAGUGCGGGCAUUGACAAGAAGAAAGUUGAUAAGAAGAAAGAUGAUGUUGAAGUAGAAGGGCAAGGUUUGUUGCUAUUUGAGGACGAUGAUAUUGUUACAGAUGAACAUAGACCAAAAUACUGUGGUCAUGUCGUUGCUGUUAUGGAACGAAUGCCUGGACAACUUUUUUCUGGAACACUUGCACUCCUCAGACCUUCUUCUACUGCAACCAAAGAAAGAGAAGCCGCUGAAAAAGCUCGUCGCGAAGCAGAAGAGCGAGCUGCUGGCAUUGAACCAAAAGUUGAUGAAUCAAAAGAUGAUAAGAAAGAUGAAAAAAAUGAACGCCCAAAAAUCGUUUGGUUUAAACCGACCGAUAAACGUGUACCUUUAAUCGCUAUUCCUACUGAACAAGCUCCACCUGAUUUUGUUGAAAAUCAUCAGUCGUAUGCUCAACAAUUAUUUGUCGCAUGCAUUAAACGUUGGCCUAUUACAUCCCUUCAUCCUUUUGGUACCUUAGUUACUCAAAUUGGUGAGAUUGGUGGUAUAGAUGUUGAAACUGAAGCCCUUCUUAAAGACAAUAAUGUAUCUGCAGAGGAAUUCAAUGAAAAUGUAACAAAAUGCCUUCCCCCAAUUCCAUGGACUAUUCCUGAAAAAGAAUUUGAAUUACGUCGUGAUUUACGUUCUACUAGAAUUUUUACCAUUGACCCUUCUACAGCCAAGGAUCUCGAUGAUGCUGUCUCUUGUACUCGUUUACCUGAUGGUAAUUACGAGAUAGGAGUUCAUAUUGCCGACGUAAGCCAUUUCGUAAAACCAAAUACUGCUCUAGACAGAGAUGCUCGCAAAAGAGCUACUACAGUAUAUUUGGUACAAAAAUCUGUCCCAAUGCUUCCCCCGUUACUUUGUGAAGAAUUAUGUAGUUUGUGUCCUGGAGUUGAAAAACUUGCAUGUUCCAUUAUUUGGAAAAUGACACCCGAAGGCAAAACUAUGGAAACAUGGUAUGGCAGAACUAUAAUUAAACCAUGUGCUAAAUUAUCAUAUGAAAAUGCUCAGGAAGUGAUUGAUGGAAAUCCUUUAAAUGCCGAGGUUAAAAUUUUUAAUGACCAUAAUACUAAAGAGAUUGAGGCUGAUAUUAAAUUACUUCAUGAAUUGGCUCAACGUCUUCGCGAUCAACGUUUUAAACGCGGUGCUUUGUCUUUGGGUUCGAUCAGGCUUAAUUUUGAGCUCGACGAACAAGACGAUCCAAUUGAAUGUACUGUUUAUAAACCUAAAGAUGCCAAUCGCCUCAUUGAAGAAUUCAUGCUACUUGCAAACAUGAGUGUUGCACAAAAAAUUUCUAGUGCUUUUCCAGAACAAGCUUUGCUAAGGCGACAUGCUCCUCCUAUUGAGCGUAGACUUAAUGAUUUUGUUGAACAUGCUAAUAGAUUAGAUUAUGAUGAUUUUGAUGCCACAUCCGCUGGAGCAUUGCAAGAAUCUCUUAACUCUAUAAAAGAUGAUGAUGCUAGAGAGGUAUUGAAUCUUCUCGCCAUUAAACCAAUGCAAAGAGCAAAAUAUUUCUGCACUGGUACUUUGGAUAUUGCAAAAUAUCAUCAUUAUGCUUUAAAUUUUCCACUUUAUACUCACUUUACAUCUCCUAUCCGUCGAUAUGCCGAUGUUCUUGUUCAUCGUAUGCUCGAUGCUGCUUUAUCCGGUGAGAAACGUUUUUAUCUGGAUAAAGAUGCAGUUCAAAAGACGGCUAGUCAUUGCAAUGUUAAGAAAGAAGCUGCGAAAAAUGCACAGGAACAAAGCAGCCAUCUCUUCCUAUGUGUUCUUCUUCGUAAUUUGACGUUGCAAUCUGGUCCAGUCAUUCGCGAAGCAAUUGUUAUUGGCGUUAAAGAUCAUGCUUUUGAUGUUUUAGUCCCAGCCUUUGGUAUCGAAAAACGUGUUCAUUUGGAUCAGUUGCCUUUAGAAAAAUUUGUUUUUAAUGAUGAAACUGGUGAUCUCGUUUUACGUUGGAAACCUGGUGUCAGUUCACUUGAACCAAUCCCUGAUUAUGAUGGUUUUGGAGAAGAUGAUGAUGUUUUAUUAGAUGUAGAUGAAGAAGCUUUGCUUGCCGAUGAUCAUGAUGAUUACCACUAUUUGAUGGAUGUGACUAGUCGUCCUUCUGAUGAAGAAAAUAGGUUAUUUGAUGCCAACUCUGACAUUGGUGAUGAUGAUGAUAUUGAUGAUGACAUAAUUGGCGACGAAAGUGUUGAAAUCAAUCAAGAAACAACUAAAACCACCGUCCCAUCUGUUUCGAUUCAUGAAUCUCCAAAAGUAGACUAUAAUUCAAUUUCAGAAACUACAUUUAACCAAUCACCCGCCAAAAUAUCUCCUCCGGUUAUCAAAAUUAAUGAAUUACCUCAAUUACAAAUAGAAUCUGAUCCUGAUACUCCUAAUUCACAGAUAAUUAGAGAGCUUUGUCAUCUUCAAGUUGUUAUCACUGCGGAUUGCAAAAAAAGUCCGCCUGUUAUCAAAGUUUUGGCCGUUAAUCCCUACGCAUAAAACUCGAACAUUCGAAAUUGCUUUGUUUAUUAUUCAUAUUUGUAUAAGAUAUUUGUUUUAUUACAUUAUAUAUUUCUUUUUUGAUUGAUUAUAGAAAUGCAUAAUAUAUUGGUUUUAUAUAUAUAAAAUUUCGAACGUAUUAACAUUUGAAUUUUCCUUAUUUUCUUUCAUUUAAAUUCUAUUUUCUGUUAGAGAUAUUUUUUUUCAGUUAAAUUCUUUUUAUUUUGGGUUUAGUUUUUCGGGUUGUAAUUUUCUUUCUUGAGCCGUUUUGUGUCCGUACAGUUUGUUUAUUGCUAUUUUAUUACAAUAAAUUAUCUUCAAAAAAUCUUUGUAAUUUCAGAUAAAA